CGCGCAUAAUGUUAUCUUCGAUUGCUUUCCCUUCCGUGUUCUUUUUUCUUGACGAUUCGCAAUGCAGGCUUUUGCUCGAGCCUCACUGCGUCGGGCUUACGACGCCAGAUGCUGCUGCUUGAGAUAUGGUAUCACGCCGCUGAGGAGAACCUGGAGAGCAUAUGCAAGUUUGUCGGUUGCGGGACACUCGGUUAUUGAUCACUAUUAUGAUGCAAUUGUCGUCGGCGCUGGAGGAGCAGGUCUCCGUGCCGCUGUCGGAUUGACUGAAGCCGGGCUCAAGACAGCAUGUGUGUCUAAGCUGUUUCCAACGAGAUCACAUACGGUGGCUGCGCAGGGUGGGAUUAAUGCUGCACUGGGGAACAUGACAGAAGACGACUGGCGUUGGCACAUGUACGACACAGUCAAAGGCAGCGACUGGCUUGGUGACCAAGACGCCAUCCACUACAUGACCAAAGCUGCCAUCCCCGCCAUCGUCGAACUCGAGCACUAUGGGAUGCCCUUCUCACGCACUUCACAAGGCACAAUAUAUCAGCGCGCUCUGGGCGGCCAAUCCCUCGAAUAUGGCAAAGGAGGUCAGGCGUAUAGAACCGCUUGUGCAGCUGAUAGAACGGGUCAUGCUAUGUUGCACACCCUGUAUGGACAGAGUCUGAAAUCGGGUGUGAAUUUCUUUAUUGAGUAUUUUGCGAUGGAUUUGAUGAUGGUAGAUGGGAAGUGUGUUGGGAUUACAACAUUAAGUAUGGAGGAUGGCACACUGCAUCGGAUGUUCGCUAGGAACACGGUGUUAGCUACUGGAGGCUACGGACGAGCUUAUUUUAGUGCAACCUCUGCCCAUACGAGUACGGGGGAUGGGAAUGCCAUGGUUGCGAGAGCGGGGCUGCCAUUGCAGGAUAUGGAGUUCGUGCAGUUUCAUCCUUCAGGUAUCUAUGGUGCAGGUGUCCUAAUAACAGAAGGCGCCCGCGGCGAAGGCGGAUACCUCCUCAACUCACACGGUGAGCGCUUCAUGGAGCGCUACGCCCCCACGGCAAAAGACCUCGCCUCGCGAGACGUCGUCUCCCGCUCCAUGAACCUAGAAAUCCUCGAAGGACGUGGUGUCGGCGCUCAAGCCGAUCACAUCUACCUCCAACUUUCUCAUCUUCCCAAAGAGGUAAUCGAGGAGAGGUUACCCGGGAUAGCGGAAACGGCGGCGAUUUUCGCGGGCAUUGAUAUCACACGCGAACCAAUUCCCGUGCUGCCGACUGUGCAUUACUGUAUGGGCGGGAUUCCGACAAAUUGGAAAGGACAGGUGUUAGAUGUUAGAGAAGGAGAAGAUAGAGUUGUGGAUGGGUUGUAUGCAGCUGGAGAAGCGGCUUGUGUUAGUGUGCAUGGUGCGAAUCGACUAGGCGCGAACUCACUACUUGAUAUCGUGGUCUUCGGUCGGGCUUCUGCCCUCCACAUAUCUGAAAACCACUCCCCGUCUGCCCCUCACCACCCCUCGCCCUCAGACAUCGGUCUAUCCUCAUUCACCUCCUUCGACUCGAUCCGCCUUUCCGACGGCGCCACACCAACAUCCCUCCUCCGCUCCGAAAUGCAAAAGACCAUGCAAACCUCUACUGCUGUCUUCCGCACCCACUCGUUUCUCUCCUCAGGCUACACCCACCUAAAAAGCAUCCAAGACCGCUUCACCUCCGACCUCCGCGUUUGCGAUAAAUCGCUCAUCUGGAACUCUGAUCUGGUUGAAACGCUGGAAAUGCGGAAUCUGCUUACGAAUGCCGUGCAAACGAGUCGUGCGGCGUUGGCAAGGACGGAGAGUAGGGGGAGUCAUGCGAGGGAUGAUUUUAAGGAGAGGAAUGAUGUGGAGUGGAUGGUACAUAGUCUAACAUGGCAGGGGGAUGUGGGUGCGGAGGUGAGGUGGGGGACGAGGGGGGUGUAUAUGGGAACGUUGGAUGAGGGGGAGUGUGAGAGUGUGCCUCCUGUGAAGAGAAGUUAUUAG